CUGCCGACAGUGCAUCACCUCAUACUGGGACCAGUCUGGUUCUUCAGGAGACUCCUCCUGUCCCCAGUGUGGACAAAGAUCCAGAACAGGAGCUGGAGAUCGUGGUCUGCAGGAGGUUUCAGAUGAACAUAAGCUCAGUGUGAGGAGGAGAUGUGAACAUGUGACUGAAGGAAGUGAUGAAACAGGAAGUAGAACCCUCCUCAACAGGAUCUACACUGAGCUCUACAUCACAGAGGGACAGAGUGAAGAGGUUAAUACUCAACAUGAGGUGAGGCAGCUCGAGACGGCUUCCAAGAAGAAGAUCCUCCACGACACUCCCAUCAAGGUCCACGACAUCUUUAAAGCCUCCACUGACCAGCAGAGCAGCAUCAGAGUCGUCCUGACCAACGGAGUCGCUGGCGUUGGAAAAACCUUCUCGGUGCAGAAGUUCACUCUGGACUGGGCAGAGGGUUUAGAAAACCAGGAUGUGGGUCUGCUGGCUGUGCUUUCGUUCAGGGAGCUGAACCUGGUGAAGGACCAGCAGCACAGUCUUCUCACGCUGCUCCAUGUUUUCCAUCCAGCGUUACAGAAGCUCACUGCAGAGAUGCUCGCUGUCUGUAAACCUUUGUUCAUCUUUGACGGCCUGGAUGAAAGCAGACCUUCUCUGGACUUCAACCACAGGGAGCUUGUGUCUGAGGUCACACAGAGGUCAUCAGUCAACGUGCUGCUGACAAACCUCAUCCGGGGGAAUCUGCUUCCCUCGGCUCUCGUCUGGAUAACCUCCAGACCUGCGGCGGCCAAUCAGAUCCCUCCUGCAUGUGUUGACAGGGUCACAGAAGUACGAGGCUUCACUGAGGCCCAGAAGGACGAGUACUUCAGGAGGAGAUUCAGUGUUGAAAAGCUGUGCAGCAGAAUCAUCUCACACAUCAAGACGUCCAGGAGCCUCCAUAUCAUGUGUCAAAUCCCAGUCUUCUGCUGGAUCAGUGCUACAGUUCUGGAGCACAUGUUGACCACAGACCAGAGAGGAGAGCUGCCCAAGACCCUGACUGACCUGUACUCACACUUCCUGCUGGUUCAGACAAAGAGGAAGAACAACAAGUACGGUGAGGGACAUGAAAAGACUCAACAGCAUCUGACGGAGGCUGACAGGGACCUUCUCCUGAAGCUGGGGAGGCUGGCUCUUAAACAUCUGGAGGAAGGAAACAUCAUGUUCUACCAAGAAGACCUGGAGCGGUGUGGUCUUAAUGUCACAGAGGCCUCAGUGUACUCAGGAGUUUGUACUGAGAUCUUCAGAAGAGAGUGUGUGAUCUUCCAGAAAUCAGUCUACUGCUUUGUUCAUCUGAGCGUUCAGGAGUUUCUGGCUGCAGUCUACAUGUUCCACUGUUACACCAAGAGGAACACAGAAGAACUCAACAACUUUUUGGGAACAUAUGGGGACACAGACGGUAACUUCUCCCUGGAUGACCUCCUGAAGAGAACCAUGGAGAAAUCCCUCACCAGUAGAAAUGGUCAUCUGGACCUGUUUGUUCGUUUCCUUCACGGCCUCAGUCUGAAGUCCAACCAGAGAGUCUUAGGAGGCCUGCUGGGUCUCACAGGGAACAAUCCAAAGAUCAUCCAGAGAGUCAUCAACAACCUGAAGGAGAUGCAGAGUGAUGACAUUUCUCCUGACAGAAGCAUCAACAUCUUCCACUGUCUGACUGAGAUGAACGACCACUCAGUUCAUCAGCAGAUGCAACAGUUCCUGACGUCAGAGAACAAAUCCAAGAAACUCUCUGAGAUCCACUGCUCAGCUCUGGCCUACAUGCUGCAGAUGUCAGAGGAGGUUCUGGAUGAGUUGGACCUGAAGAAGUUCAACACAUCAGUCCAGGGUCGACGGAGACUGAUCCCAGCUGUGAGGAACUGUAGGAAGGCUCGACUCUGUGAUUGUCGACUCUCAGAAACUCACUGUGAAGUCGUGGCCUCAGCUCUGAAGUCAGACCCCUCACAUCUGAGAGAACUGGAUCUGACUAACAACAACCUGAAGGAUUCAGGAGUGAAGCUGCUGUGUUCUGGACUGGAGAGUCCAAACUGUCGACUGAAGAUUCUGAGGUUGAGGGGCUGCGGACUGUCAGAGAUCAGCUGUUCUUCUCUGGCUUCAGCUCUGAGGUCAAACCCCUCUCAUCUGAGAGAACUGGAUCUGAGUAUCAACAACCUGCAGGACUCAGGAGUGAAGGAGCUGUGUGGUUUUCUAAAGAGUCCAACCUGUCGACUGGAGACUCUGAGGUUGUGGAGUUGCAAUCUGUCAGAGAUCAGCUGUUCUUCUCUGGCUUCAGCUCUGAGGUCAAACCCCUCUCAUCUGAGAGAGCUUGAACUGAGAGGAAACAACCUGCAGGACUCAGGAGUGAAGGAGCUGCUUGAUCUACAGCAGAGUUCAACCUGUUGACUGGAGACUCUGAGUUGGUCUGCGUGAAGGUGAGUGUGAAGAGGACAGUGUGUGUGGACGGAGGCUGAGCUGUGUCCUGAGGAUCCAGAGGCUGAAGCAGCAGCAGCAGCUUGUGUGUAGAGCGGCUCUGACUGGGCCUUGUUGCUGGGAGGCAGAGUGGAGACAGAGCUCCAGAGGAAUCAGAGGAGGUGAGCUGCUCUGAGAUCAGCUGUCACACAUUGUCCAGUCCACCAGCCUCCCUGUGUGUUCCUGUGGAUGUGACACAGCAUCAUCACUGGAUCUGCUGCUUCUCUGUCCUUUGACUCAUAAAAGUCGUAAAUAUUUCCAAAUUAUCUGCAGAAAAAUGUGCAAAGUUAAUUUUAUUUUAAAAUGUAAAAAGUGUCAUUAUAUUAACUAUUAGGGACAGGAAGCUGUGAGCAGUCACUGUUAUAAAUAAAUAUCUGAGAGACAGAGAGAAGGGGGAGAAGUGCUCAGUGCAUGAUGGGAGUUUCCCAGCGGUCAAGACCUACAGCAGCAUAACUAAGGGCUGGUUCAGGAAUCACUUGAUCCAGAACUAUCUUCAGGCUUUAUCAUAUAAUAAAUAAAUUAUUGCCUGAUUGGGUAUGAACAGCAUCUGCAAGGUAUCGCCCCCUGGUGGUUUGCAUUUUUAUCCUCAUUUAUCCUACUCAACUUGAAUUGAAAUGACUGUAAACACAUUUUUGUUUGGCUGCAGAAACAUUUAUUAUCACAAUUAUAUCCUAGUUUCCACCCCAGUGAUCCUUUGUGUGGGAUUUGACAGAUUUGAAACAGUCUCAACAUGUUAACUACUUAAUACACAUAAAGGUUUGUUUUUAUAGAA